AUGGCCAACGUUCUCGACACCGAUGCGGGCUCUGAGCUCUUCAGCAACUACGAGGCGGAACUCAAGCUGGUGCAGGCAGACAUCUCCCAGAAACUCGAUCAGAUCCCCGAACUUUCUGGUGAGCAGCGCAAAGCAGCAGUCACACAAGCCGAGCGCGCACUAGAAGAGGCAAAAGAGCUGCUCGAUUCGAUGAACCUCGAGAAGCAGAACAUCCCACAAACAUCGCGCAACRAGGUCAAUCAGCGACUUCGCAAUCAUGAGACGUCGGUGGACGCGGCAAAGCGGAAACUGAAGAGCUUUCAAGAUGACAGGCAGGCGUUGUUUGGCAAGCGGUAUACGGACAACCCGACACAGGACGACCAGCUGGAGCAGAGACAGCAGCUUCUCAGUGGAACAGACAGGCUGGGCCGAACGAGCGAUCGGAUCCGGGAAAGCCAGAGGAUUGCAAUGGAGACGGAGGACAUCGGACGCGGAACGCUUGGCGAUCUUGCGCGGCAGAGGGAGACGAUCCAGCAUACGCGGAAUACAUUGUUGGAGAGUGAGGGGUACACCGACAGGAGUAACAAGACUCUGAAGGGAAUGGCGAGGCGAAUGGCCACGAACAAAAUCAUCACUGUGGCCAUCAUCACCGUACUGGUCAUCCUAAUUCUCGCUGUUAUUGUGAACAAAUUCAGGUGA